AUGAAACUCAAAAGACAGGAUACAGAUUUUCAAGAGUUAAUGUUAAUUCAACUAGGAAAAAAAGAAAUAGCAAACUUAAAGCCUAAUGUUAGGCAAUUUUAUGAAUACAUUAGAGCUAUGCUCUUUUCUUCUUAUUAUAAGGAUGCACUAAUUGACCCUGUUUCAGAUUUCUAUAAAAAAUUUGAAGAAAAAAAAGCCUGUAUUAUCAAUGCUGUUACUGGAGCAGGCAAAAAUACUACUAUGAUAGCAUCCUUAUUAGGGUUUUAUAGGCAUUCUCAAUACAAAGAGAUUAUUUAUAUUAGAGAUGAUGAUAUAACUUUAAUAAAUAAUGUCCCUUGGUUGGAAAAAAAGCAUCCUAACGAAGUUAAUCCAUCACAAGUGCCUAAAAUGCUUAUUACAAUAACUAAAAUUGCUGAGAUAGAGUCAGUAAUCCAAGCUAUAGUAUUGUUAAAUUAUCUCAUGCAACUAUUUUAUAGUAGCAACACUCUUCUAAAUCCAACUUUGAGUAAUAUUUAA